AUGAGUGCAAAAGCACUGGACGAUUUACCAGGCUUUACGCUUCACAAGGCCGAAGUAGAUUACGACGAUGAAGAGGACGGAGGAAAGAAGGGCAAGAAGCAAUCCGGCGGAUUUCAGGCGAUGGGUCUCGGUGCACCGAUACUGAAGGGAAUCCUCAAGAUGGGCUACAAAAUACCGACACCGAUUCAACGGAAAACUAUUCCGCUUAUCCUAGACGGGCGCGAUGUCGUAGCGAUGGCAAAGACCGGAUCUGGUAAGACAGGUUGCUUUUUGAUCCCGAUGUUUGAGAAGCUAAAGCAACGUGAAGCGAAAGCAGGAGGAGGCGCUCGGGCAUUAAUUCUUUCACCGACCCGUGAACUGGCCAUACAGACGUUCAAGUUCAUCAAACAGUUGGGCCGAUUCAUGGAUCUGAAAUCGAUUCUGGUACUCGGUGGAGAUUCGAUGGAUUCACAAUUCGCCGCAGUGCACACGCUACCGGAUGUGAUCGUGGCCACACCGGGUCGUUUCUUGCAUCUCUGCGUGGAGAUGGAUCUGAAGCUUAGCUCGGUACAGUACUGCGUGUUGGAUGAAGCCGAUCGAUUGUUUGAGAUGGGUUUUGGUGAGCAGCUGACUGAAACGAUCAAGCGAUUGCCCGAAUCCCGGCAAAUGGUUCUGUUCAGUGCAACUUUGCCGAAGCUGAUGGUGGACUUUGCGUCGGCCGGUCUGUGCCAACCGGUACUGAUACGAUUGGAUGUCGAAUCAAAGAUACCAGACACGCUCGAUUUGAAGUACAUCUACUGUCGACCAGCGGAGCGUUACGCGACGCUUUUGGUGCUUUUGCGCGAUGUGAUUCCUAGCACAGCACAGACGGUCAUCUUCGCCGGUACACAGCAUCACGUGGAAUUGAUUUCAUUGAUGUUGACCAAAGCUGGAGUCCCUAACAGCCAUGUUUACUCUGGACUUGAUGCGUCCGCGCGAAAGAUUAAUACGGCCAAGUUCACGCAUCACAAAGUGAAUGUACUCGUCGUGACAGACAUCGCCGCACGCGGUCUCGAUAUUCCAACGCUGGAUUACGUUAUAAAUCUACACUUCCCGGGCAAACCGAAACUGUUCAUCCAUCGUGUGGGACGUUGCGCCCGUGCUGGACGAAGUGGAACAGCCUUCUCGAUCUUUUCAAACGACGAUAUUGCGCAUGUGAUUGAUCUACACAUGUUUCUGAAUCGACCGCUCGAUCUGGCCGAUCGGAACACAGUUGGAAUCGUUCCACCGGAUACACAGGAAACGGAACACCAGCUUGUGCAGGAGUACGUACGCCAGAAUGACCUGGCGACGGCAUAUCGAGUGAGCAAUAAUGCGUACAAACAGUACAUCGUAACCCGGCCAGCGGCUUCGGCGGCAUCAAACAAGCGAGCGAAACAAUUUAAAAUCGGUGAACUGGGUGUGCUUGAAGAUUUUCAGCACGAAAACGCCGAACCGGACGGCGCAACGAAGAGGAAAAAAUGGAGGAAAGGAAAGUCGAUCGUGCUGAAGAAAGGCAAAAAGGACGAUGCUAAAGAAGACACCCAAAAGCUAGAGGUGAAAUCGAGUUCCGCCGACUCAGGAGUCGAUCCGGACGCAUUUAGGAACGAUUUUCUGGCGCGCAUGAAAAACUAUCGUCCACAAGCGACAAUUUUUGAGCUGAACCCGAAAGCAAACGCCCGAGAGUUGGUGGCGAUGACACAGAAGCGUAAGGUGGAUGAGGCCAAGAUCGAGAAGAACAAGCGUAAGUUGGCCGAACUGGAAGCGGAAAAGCAAAAGAAAACGAAUAUUAAAUCGCUGUCAGAGGAAGACGAGGAGCCAAAACGUCGGAAAGGACCAACCCGCGACGAGGAGCAUUUCAUCGCCUACCAAGCGAAGGAUGCGGCUGAGGAGGAUGGUUACGCGAUCGACAAUUUCACUCGCCAGGCUAACUCGGCCGAACUGAGUGUCGUGUGCGAUACGGCCGAAGGACAGCGGAUGCACCGUCAGCUGCAAAAGUGGGACCGUAAGAAGAAGAAGAUGGUCAAUGUGGAAAACCCCAAGGCUGGAAAGAUUCGCACCGAGCAUGGCGUUUGGAUUGCGGCAUCGUACAAGACGGGCCGGUACGACAAGUGGAAGGAGCGUACAAAAUUGGAUGAGAAGUUACUGGCCGAACAGGCACAACAGUCGGACGAUGAUGAAGGUGAUGGGGCCGGUGCGGCUUCAGCAGUACCGAUCGUACAGCGCAACUAUCCGACUACGCACUGGGGGCGACACAAUGCGAAGGCCGAUCUGCGUAAGUUGCGCGAUCUGGAUCUGAAAACGCCCGAACAGAUUGUGAAGAAACGGCUGGAAAAGGAAACGAAGAUGACUAGGGAGAAGGCCGCUCGGUUGAAAAACAUUCAACGCAAAAAGCGCGCGUUGGCAAAGCGGAAAAGUGGCAAAGGUAAGUAA